AUGUCUUCAUCCAAUGGGGUCGUCAAUCCCCACCAUGUGAUCAGUUCUUACUUCAUUGGCCCCAGAGCUGAGAACCUCCCUGACUUCAAAAACAAUCUCGACACUAUCCUGGAUGAGCUAGAGAAGGCGCGAGAGGCUUACCACGGAAGCGAUGGUGACUUCAUUUCCCAGGAAGUCCGGGACUCGGCCACUUUCAAUGAGAUCCGUGUCAACUUCAAUGCCGCGGUGAGGAAGGCGGCCCAGCUCUUGGGAAAGCACUCCAUCCCGUUCUGGCACCCUCGUCCAUUUACGACAAUGACAGAGCUGAAAGCAGGACAGCAGCUGUGUGAGAUGUUCGGGUAUAACAUCAACCCCAAGAAGGAGGAUGUGCCAACCGCGUGGGGACACAUCACUUAUGAUGGCACGGUAGCUAACUUGGAAUCCAUCUGGGUUGCACGCAAUCUCAAGUUCUACCCUCUCUCGCUGUACCAGGCGAUGAAGGAAGACUCGCUCUGGUUCAUCGCCGAUCGCUUCUCGGUGACCACUUGUGUCGGCGAGGAGAAGCUAUUUCGCGACCUCAGCGUCUGGGAACUCCUUAAUCUCCCACCCAAAGUCAUCCUGGGAAUGGCCGAUACUUUGUAUCAGGACUUUGGGAUUACGAACAAGUUCCUGGGGAAAAUCCUGACUACGUACAACAUCCAAACCGUUGGCAAGGACGCCCUUGAACGCCGUUUCAACAUCCAGAAGCCAAGAAUGUACUUCCACGCAAAGACCAGCCAUUACUCUUGGCCAAAAGGCGGUGCCAUCGCGGGCAUCGGCGCCGGAAAUAUGCACGGCAUUGAACUCGAUCUGGAUGGUCACAUUGAUAUCGAUGAUCUUCAGCGCGAGUUGAAUCGAUGUCUUGAGGAGCGGCAGCCAGUAUAUGCAGUCGUGGCCAUUAUGGGCAGCACGGAGGAGGGCGCGGCCGACCGACUGAGUUCGAUUAUUGAUCUCCGCAAAAAGUUCCGCACGAAGGGAUUGUCGUUUCUUGUUCAUGCAGAUGCCGCAUGGGGAGGCUACUUUGCCACGAUGAUCCCUCGAAAGGUGAUGAAGGAGCCGUACUGGGGCGGCGGAGGCUACAAGGCCGUUAAGACGGUUCCGUCCCUUGCGCUCCGUGAAGAUACCCUGACGGACUUUCUGGCCCUGAAGAAUGCCGACAGUAUCACGGUUGAUCCCCACAAGGCCGGGUAUAUUCCGUAUCCGGCCGGGGCUUUAACAUAUCGGGACGGUCGCAUGCGAUUCCUUGUCACCUGGACAUCGCCGUAUCUGACGCAGGGAUCCCUGGAGAGUAUCGGCGUUUACGGCGUUGAAGGUAGCAAGCCCGGAGCGGCAGCGAUGGCGACAUGGCUGUCCAACAAGACCAUUGGCUUGAACGAGACAGGAACGGCCGACUUCUUGGAGAGGCCGCUUUCAUCACUCUCUGCACACUAUGCUGCCAUGCACCACGCGCAGACUGAGAAGCGUUUCAUCUGUAUCCCGUUCAACCGCCUUCCGCUGGAAAAGCUUGGGUAUGACUCUCUGUCUCCCGAGAUGAAUGAGCGGCGACAGGCAAUCCUCGAGCAUAUCAUCAGGAAGGACAAUGACUACAUCAGCCAAAACGCGAAUAUCAUGACAUACAUCCGGGAGUUGGGGUCGGAUCUGAACAUCAAUGCCUUCGCCCUGAAUUGGUAUAGAGAGGACGGCACCCUGAACAACGAUAUCGAGGAGGCAAAUCACCUGAUGCGACGCGUGGUGAACCGACUCAGUAUUACUAGUGUGGACCAAGACCCCCGAAAGAUCCCCCUGUACCUCACGUCGACCCAAUUCACCCCUGAGCUUUACGGAAAAUGCGCGCUGCAUUUUAUGAAGCGACUGCACCUGGACCAAGCCCCGCAGGACCUGUGGGUACUACGAAAUGUGGUCAUGAGCCCCUUUCCAACGGAGCGGGACUUUAUUGGGCAGUUGAUGGGCUACUUCCAGGAUAUCAUCAAGGACGAGGUGGUGAAAGGAUGCUGGCCGAGGAAUAAACCAGGUAACGACAAAGUUGCGUUUUUGCUGCGAGGCACCGACGAGGUGUUCCUCGAUUUUCUGGCCUGCUUCCACCAGGCUACGCAACGGCAGCAGAUUAUCUUCUCUGCCGAGUUGAACCCCGCCACCAAGGCCAGCUAUGUGAAAUUGAAAGAGGAGAAUCCCGAGGAGAAUAUCACCCUUGUAUCUGUGGAGAACAUCCACCUAGAAGAUCUAGUGAAUCGGGCGUUGAAGAAGGAGAAUCCCACCCUUAAAGGUUCCAUCGGCGUUAAGAAGUAUGUCCCCUCUCCCAAUUAUACCCUGUACGGUGACAACGCUGACAAGAUCAGCACCCCCGGUAGCAUCUCCUGCGAUGUGACGGUGACGCGCGUGAUCAAUAGCCGACCGCUGAACUCGGCCAACCGCGAGCCCGAUUACCCUCCACCAAACGCGGCCCUCUCGGCGAGCAAUGUCCGUCUCGAUCGCGACCUCUCCGCUGUGGUCGACGAGCAUUUGUCCGAGGGCCUGAUCCUGACGCUGACCGAAUUCCGCGAGGUGACGAUGCAGCCCUUCCCGACGACCAACGGGGCAAUCGACCUCACGACAUUCUUCUUCAGCAAGGGCCGAAAGUACAGUGUCAAGGUGUACUGCGACCCCAACAGCGCGUCGGCGGCCGGCCCGGGGCUGCUGGAGUACCUGGGCAGUCCGAUCGGGCAGGGUACCAUGGAACUACGCGACGACGUGCAUAUCGACGUGGAGGGUCCCAACAAGGACCCCUUUGAUCACGCCCCGGAGCCCAUGGAACCGUGGGAGAAAGAGCUGGAUCAGAUUGAGGCAGUCUUGAAUGGGAAGCGACCGAGUGCGGUCUGA